CUGCCAUAAUUUUUUAUUGAUCUGAAGAAGACCAUGAAGUUCUGGAGAAACAAGGGAAAAGAGAGGAGGAAACAAUGGUUCUUGGACAACGGAAGCACUUUUCUCAAAGAGCUCAUUGUUGGAUGCAACGGUAAAACCAAUCCUAUCCGAAGCUUCUCUUCUGAUCAGAUCCUCAAGGCCACAAAUGGAUUUGAUCCAAGCCGCUAUGUAACGAGUGACCUUUACUACACUUGGUUCACCGGUAGCAUUGAAGAUAGAUCUUACAUGAUCAAGAUGUAUCCUGAGGAGAAAGUCAGAGGGGAUGGAGAUGGAAUUGGAGCUGUUUACAACGACGUUGUCAUAUCUGCUCGUGUUACCAAUCACAUCAACUUCCUGAAGCUGUUGGGAUGCUGUCUCGAGUUCCCAUGUCCAGUUCUGGUGUUUGAACACGCGGAGAACGGAGCAUUAGGACACCAAGGAGGUAUAGGUUCCAAGGAUACAGAGUUCUUACCUUGGGAUGUAAGACUAAAGGUGGCUAAGGAGAUAGCCAGUGCGGUUACUUAUCUACACACAGAGUUCCCUAGGAUCAUUGUACACAGAAACAUAACUCCCAUGAAUGUUUUCUUGGACAAGAACUGGACAGCUAAGCUGUCUGAUUUUUCCCUUGCUCUAACUCUCCCUGAGGGGAAGUCUCAAAUGGAAGAUCAAGUGAUGGGAUGGCCCGGAUAUUUAGAUCCUUCUUAUCUACAUACGAGUAUUGUUACAGAGUAUGCUGAUGUUUAUAGCUUUGGAAUCUUUAUGAUUGUUCUUCUAAUUGGAAGACAUGGCAUGGCUCCUCGGUCUGAUGCGCGCUUCAUCGAUAUACGUAACUAUGUAAGAGGGUUACAAGAGAAAGGAGAGUUCAUUGAGACCAUAUACCGGGUUGGAGUGAGAGAUAUUGUGGAGGUUGAAAGAUUUCAAGUGGACAAGUUUAUUGAGCUUGCCUUCAGAUGCUGUGAGAGGAGUGUGGAGAAGAGACCGAAGAUGAUUGAUGUCGCCAAGGAGCUUAAACGGAUUCAGAGAUCACUAUGUUGAUACAGCAGCUGAUCCUAGCUCUCAGGAUUCAACAUUUAUAUAUAUAUAUAUCUGUUUUUGCUUGAAAUAUUCAUUAAACUCGUGGGAGAAGACCUCUUGAAGUAAGUUGCAGCAAUCUUCUUAAAGACAUCCAGGAAGAAAGUUGGCUGAAGAAAAAUAAACAGGAUUUGGAUCUUGGCUCUGAUCCCAUAAUAGAUUGAUAAGAAUAUGUUCAUUUCACUAGUAAGAUUAAUCAUUAUGACAGUACAAACCUGUCAUUGAUCUGUGGAGCCUACCGCAUAUCCCAUCAUUGAGAGAGGCUCAAGUUCAAGUUUGGGUAUGGGCUAUUGAAAGCAUGAGGAGUCUUCACUUCUCGAAGAUAGUGUUUGUAGGAGAUUCAAAAGAGUUAGUUGGAGCUGUUAUCAGACCGCCUGCUUGGCCAUCGUUUAGGUGGAUGUCGAACAGAAUCCUAUCUUCUCUCCAGUAUAUUCCUGAGUGGAAAUUGGAAAAAGCUGAUAGGUCUGUGAUCUGUGGAGCCUACCGCAUAGCUCAGAGUGUGGUUGUAUGGGAUUUACCUCAAUCGUAUGUGGCCACAAGCUAUCCUUCUUGGGUGGUUGAUCUUUUUGGCUAAGUUAAUGGUAGUUGUGUUUUCCUUUAUGUGUUGCCUUCGAUGGUGGUUGAUCCUUUCUUUUUUGGUAUCUGACUUGUAAUAUGUUGGUUUACAACUUUGUUCGGAGUAUAAGUGAAAUGAUAUGUUUAAAGUGAAAAAAAAAAAAAGACAGUACAAACCUAUGU